AUGGCGGCUGCUGUUGCCCCCGAUGCGUCAGCGCAGCUAGCCCGUCUCGGACUUUCAGAGGCCGAAUUCAAGCAAAAGACUGAGCUCAUGCGACUAUACCUCCAGGAUAGUGCAGGAGCAUCCUCUUUUGACGAAUUCUGUAAGCGAUAUCCACUCAAGGCUCCAGAUGCUCCCCCAAAGGCUCGUGAUCCCUCGCCGCCCCGUGCACCACGACCACAAAAAGCAGCGGCUCCAGCUCCUACAAAAACAUCUUCGAAAUCUCAGCAGAAGAGCGCUAAACAGGCUUCUGUACCGCCUCAAUUGGCACUCCCGUUAAACGCCCAAAUGUUCCCUGUGAUGCCCAAUGGACAGCGACCUAUGCUUAUGCCACCCGUAAUGCCUGGACAACCACUCCCUUAUUACCCGCCAAUAUGGUUCAACCCUGCAGCCCUUGCACAGGGAAAGUCGAUUGCACACCCAUGGGUGCAACCGCAACCAGCUGCAGGCGCGAAACAGCCCGCUGCGCCGACCUCGACAACCGCCGGAUCAUCGUCUCAACCAAAGGCUGAGAGCUCUGAUGAGAAUGCGAAGAUGGACAAGGCUUCUCCGGCUACGGUUGGAUCUACACAGUCUCCCGAGACUCCCAAGACACCUACUCGUCAGCAUGGAGAGACCUCGCCAUUUACACCAGCCGCCGCGGCCAUCUUCAUGUCGCCUAAUGCGGGGGAACUCGUUGGAACACCAGUUCCUGCGAUAUUUCGUCCAGACGGUGUCAUCUUCCCCCAUCCAUUCUUUCCCAGUCCGGAAUUACUUCGACUUGCCAAACCUACGACAUCACACGAGGAAGUCGACCCCUCCACCAUCUUUAAACUUCCACCACCUCCAUACGCGACCUCCAAACCUCCCUAUUCCUACGCAGCACUCAUUGGUCAAGCUAUCAAUGCCUCCCACCGCAAGCGAGCCUGUUUGGACCACAUAUACCUAUAUAUCUCGACAGUAUAUCCCUAUUAUAAGCGAGGAGAACACGCUUGGCAAAACUCGAUCCGUCACAACCUCAGCCAAAAUUCAAGCUUUACCCGGUUGAAACACCCAGGCGGUGGACAACAUGGUGAAUGGGCCAUUAGAGAAGAAGAUGCACAUUGUUUUGCCAAUGGUGGCUUUAAUCGAGCCGCUAGGCCUCCUGAACCGAAUCGGAAGCGACGACGAAAGGGCGCAUUUGAUGAUGAUACGGAUCUGGAAGACGACACGUCCUCACGCAAGCGACCUCGUAAACACAUGGUUCCCUCAGAGGAACCUGAACAGCGCCAGGCAAAAGCCAAUUUCAAGUCCAGUUCUCAGACAGUCAAACAUGAGCCAAUGGACACCACCACGUCUCUAAGUCAACCAAAUCGUAUGGAUCAAGCCAAAUCAUCUGCUUCUCCCGUCAUGGUUCAGAAGAAGCCAUUAGCGCAGAAACGUCAGCCUGAAAGCAAACCUCGAGCAAAGGCCAAAAAGAAAAGGUCUAAAUACGAGUCCGAGGAAGAGAUGGAGUCGGAGGAAUUUGAGUCCGAUUACGGGGAGGACGUCUUCAGUCCUUCGUAUGGAAGAAGCAAAACGAACAAGACCGGUGUGCAUUCGUUGAUGCACAGGCCACGUCGAACAUUAGAUCCAGACGAGGAACUAGCUGUUAUAGAUGCUAUAUUGCAGUCAGACGCAGCAUCUUCGCGUGCUGUAUCUGUUGCGCCUCCAUCCGAAACAGCGUCUGCCCCUCCUUCGGAACCAGAGGACGUCGAGAUCCAAGACGAGGACGAAGACGAUACGCAGUCUCAAGCGAGGAGUACUACCCACUCGCAAGAGCCUCCAAUGCACCAUCGAUUCAGUCAAAGCGACGUCCGGAGCGAUUCAAAUCAGAGCGAAAAGCGAUUCCGUACCCUACCAGUAUCCACUUUACUCAAUUUAUCACCCAUGCGCCGCCUAAGCACCUCACCCAUGAAGUCUGCCAUACGCACUACGAAACUAGACGAGGCGAUGAGCCGGUUCGCUGUCAACAACGAGACUCGAGAUGAAGAUAGCAUGUCUGGCGAAGAUUUCUCCUAUGGCCCUGACCGCGAGCUUGACGAGGAUGAACGAGACCGGUCCGUGACGCCCCCACCGCUGAUACCUGACCCACCGUGGCUUCAUUCACCCAUUCCUGCAACACCUAACAAGAGAACUCCACCAAAUGAGGAUGAUUAUCUGGUCUCAGCCCGGCGGCUACCGCGGCAGACUUCGCUGUGCAUCAGUCCCAACUCGAGCCAUCUCUUCUCCCAGUCGACUGCUUUCAUGACGCCGGCACGAGCACUUGGAAGUGAUGAGCGACCGUUUGACUCAUCGUUCCCCGUCUUUCGUCCACCUUCCUCGCCCAUGCGACAGCAUCCGAAGCCAUCUGACCCUAUUACUCCCGACCGGCCACCAUCCACAUCUAAAUCCAUCUUUUUACAGACACCAUUAUUCCCCCCGCCAUUCUCGGAAAGCAGGCUCGAAGAAGAGCUGAAUCGAAUGGCACGUGGCGAGGAAAGUCCAAAUGGAUUCUUCCGGCGGAGUGAUCUGUACAAGAGCCCAUCUAUUCCAGGUAGCAGCCCUCAACGCUGGGGUCUAUAG